AUGGCGCAAAGAAAAGCAACCAAGAAAUUCGAGAAGCACCACCUGAAGGACACCCUCGACCGUCGCAAUGGACUGAAGAAGGUCAAGCAGAAGCAGCAGCUGAAUGCGAAGAAAAAGGCGAGAAGGGCGGAGGAGAACGGCAUAGACGGCAAAGAGGCUCAGGAAGAGAAGGCGACAAAGCAAGCAGGCAAGCAAGCAGUGAACGAUGCUUUCAAGGACAUGAGCGUGGACGACUUCUUCCAAGGCGGGUUUGAGGUACCAGAGCUGCCCAAGAAGAAGGGCGGCAAGAGGAAGCGACAGGAGCAGGAAGAAGAUGCAGACGAGGCCUCAGAAUCGGAUGUAUCCUUUGAGAAGGAAGUCGUCCCAGGUGGUAGCGAUUUGGACUCCGAUUCUGAGGAUGAUCCCGAGGACUUCAAGGAACAGCUCGCUGCCCUGGCAGAAAAGGACCCAGAAUUUCACAAAAUGCUGCGGAAGGAUGAGCCUGAAGUAUUUGAAGAUCUGGAUGAUCUCCAACUGAGCGACUCCGAUGACGAUGGGCCUAAGCGCAAGAAGCAAAAGAAGGGCGAAGAUUCGGACGAUGAGAUGGCGGGAGACAACGAGCUCGAUUUGGCUACGGUCAAGAAAUGGCGAACAGCGCUUGUCGAGCAACAUUCGCUGCGUGCCGCCAAGGAGACUGUCAUAGCUUUCCGCUCCGCUGCACAGGUGUCCUCUGCGGAAUCAGAAGACAAAAGCUUCAAAUACUCGGUGUCUGACCCAGACGUAUACCACCAGCUCCUUACGACUGCACUGAAGCAUAUUCCGGAGGUCUUCCGACACCAUCUCCCUGUUCAAGAGAAUAAGAACGGCAAAGUGCAUGUUUCGACAGAAUCGAAGAAGUUCAAGACGGUCGCUCCGUUGCUCAGAUCGCAGAUAUCCGGUAUACUGCACCUCCUCGAUCAUCUGUCAGACCCGGCUACCCUCCGCUUGACGUUGUCGUCGUUAAAUCCGCUCAUGCCAUACCUGCUUUCUUUCAAGAAGCUGGUCCGAGAUGUUGCUCGUGCAGUUACUGGUGUGUGGUCAACCUCUUCAGCUACAGAAGCCACUCGAAUCGCUGCUUUCCUUGUGAUGCGACGUUUGGUAGUCAUUGGCGACGCAGGCAUCCGCGAAGGGGUACUGAAAGCUACCUACCAAGCUUUGGUCAAGAGCAGCCGCAACACAACGAUUCACACCCUUGCAGGAGUCAAUCUGAUGAAGAACUCCGCAGCUGAGCUUUGGGGACUCGCCGGUGGAGAAGGCGGCGUCGCGUACACGACCGCUUUCACUUUUAUCAGGAGCCUGGCCAUGCACUUGCGGAAAAGCAUUACUCAAAACAGCAAAGAGAGCUACAAGGACGUCUACAACUGGCAAUACGUGCACAGCCUGGACUUCUGGAGUCGAGUCAUUGCGGUGCAUUGUGUGGAGACAUCCUCGCCUCUGAGGCCGCUCAUCUAUCCGCUCGUACAAGUGACACUCGGAGCAUUGAGGCUCAUUCCUACUGCUACGUACUUUCCUCUGCGAUUUCAGCUCAUCCGAUCACUGCUCCGCGUCAGCUUAUCCACUGGCACCUACAUCCCGCUCGCUGCGCCUCUCUUCGAAGUCUUGAACAGCGCAGAGAUGAGGAAGGCACCAAAGCCGACUACGUUGAAGCCUAUGGACUUCAACGUUGCGAUACGGGCCCCGAAAUCUCAUCUUCGCACCCGGACAUACCAGGAUGGCGUGGCCGAGCAAGUACAAGAAUUGCUAUCAGAGUUCUUCACCCUCUGGACUAAGAACAUCGCAUUUCCUGAGCUGGCAUUACCUGUGAUUGUGAUGCUGAAACGCUGGUUGAAGGAAGUCAACCAGCGCGGCCCAAAGAAGAGCGGCAACAAGAACCAGAAGGUCAACGGUAUGGUGCAGCUGCUUGUGCAAAAGCUGGAAGCAAACUCGAAAUGGAUCGAGGAGAGGAGAGCAAAGGUCGAAUUCGCACCUAACCAUCGCAAGGGUGUUGAGAACUUUUUAAGCGAUGUGCAGUGGGACAAGACGCCCCUCGGUGCAUAUGUUGUCGGUCAGAGGAAGACUAGAGAGGAAAAGGCUAGGACUGUUGAGGAGGGGAGAAAGGAAGAGGAACGCAGAUGGCAGAAGGAGAAGGGUGCCAGAGCUAGCGCUGAGGAAGAGGAUCAGAGCGGUGAAGAAGGAGAGGAAGACGAUGAAGAAGGCUCGGAGGACGAGGAAAUUCUCAAUGGGGUUUCUGAGGAUGGGGACGAGGAAGACGACGAAGACGAUGACAGCGAGUAG